CUCUUCCCUCUUUGUUUUCCUCCCUUUUCCCUAAAAGAUUUCCCAAACAGAGUGUUGGUUGAAAUUGAAAUUAUAUUCCAUGAUAGCACCUAAAGAAUUCCUUGAAUGAUUGCGUUGUCUGCGUUAGAUUCCAUUACCUGCCUCGCUCAAACGCGAAGGAAAGUAUUUAUAUAUGUUCAGCACAGAGACGAAAGUGGAUGCAAGCUGGGUUAAUAGUCUUCAAACCAAACAAUAAGCAUAAGCAAUAGCAUAGAAGAAGAAGAAGAAGAAGAAGAGAAGAAAUGGCAGAGACUGAAGAGCGCCUCGACGUUCUCACUGAAACCGGUAAAAAAACUGGCAUUUCCAAGCCCAGGGGAGAGGUUCAUCGAGAUGGAGAUUAUCACCGAGCUGUUCACGUUUGGAUUUUUGCUGAGACUACGCAGGAGCUUCUUCUCCAACGCCGAGCUGACUGUAAGGAUUCAUGGCCAGGGCUUUGGGAUAUCUCCAGUGCUGGCCAUAUUUCUGCUGGUGAUUCCUCACUUGUAUCUGCCAGGAGGGAGCUUCAUGAAGAGCUGGGAAUUGUCCUUCCAAAGGAUGCCUUUGAGUUGAUAUUUGUUUUUCUUCAAGAGUGCAUCAUAAAUGAUGGAAAAUACAUCAAUAAUGAAUAUAAUGAUGUAUAUCUUGUAACAACUGUAGAUCCAAUUCCUCUGGAGGCAUUCACUCUUCAGGAAUCAGAAGUAUCUGCUGUCAAAUAUAUUUCCUAUGAGGAAUAUAGAAGCUUACUUGCCAAAGAACAUCCUGAUUAUGUCCCUUAUGAUGUAACUGGAGAAUAUGGUCAACUCUUUGACAUAAUUAAGCAACGGUAUAAUGAGAACAGUGUAGCACGCAGCAUGACUCUACAAAAGCAGCUCUGUCGAUAUGUUCCAGUUCCUCUCAAUGCAGAGUUAACUGGCCUAUCAGAUGGAGACAGCAAAGCAUUGGGUUUACUUGUCAAGGCUGCAAGAAUUGCGGAUGAAAUCUUUUAUCUGCAGGUUUGGUACAGCAAUCCAGCUCUAAGGGAUUGGUUGAAAGAGCAUGCUGAUGCAUCAGAAUUGGAUAAGCUCAAAUGGAUGUAUUAUUCGAUUAAUAAGAGUCCAUGGUCCUGCCUUGAUGAAAAUAAGCCAUUUUUGACAACAGCAGAUUCAGCCGUACAGUUGCUUCCUGAAGCCACCAAGCCUGUUAGUGGAUGGAAGGGUCUGGAAUAUAAAGCAGCAUUUCCCAUGCUAAAACCACCUGGUGCCAAUUUUUAUCCUCCAGACAUGGAUAAAAAGGAAUUUGAAUUGUGGAAGGACACUCUGACAGAGAGUCGAAAACGUGACGCAACAGGUUUUUUUACUGUUAUCAGAAGGCACAGUGAAUUUGAUUUGGACUCUUCUUUGCCAAAUCAUACAGUUGAUUGUAGAGAUCGCUCAAUUGGUGUUCAUGAUCUAUUUAGCAUUCCCUACUAUAAAGAGUAUAAUUCUCUGAUCACAAGAGCUGCUGAUCUAUUGCAUAAAGCUGGUGACUUGGCUAGCUCACCCAGUUUAAAGAGGUUACUACAUAGCAAAGCUGCUGCAUUCCUAUCGAAUGACUAUUAUGACUCAGAUAUAGCUUGGAUGGAAUUGGACUCUAAGUUGGAUGUGACUAUAGGUCCAUACGAGACAUAUGAAGAUGCACUUUUUGGAUACAAGGCUACAUUUGAAGCUGUCAUUGGAGUCCGGGAUGAUGAAGCAACAGCUCAACUUAAACUCUUUGGCAAUAAUUUGCAGGUUUUGGAACAACAUCUUCCAAUGGACGAUGCUUACAAAUCAACAGAUGUUAAAGCUGCUCCUAUUCGUGUCAUCCGACUUAUCUAUAAUGCAGGGGACGUGAAAGGUCCUCAGACUAUUGCUUUCAAUUUACCCAAUGAUGAGCAUAUAGUAAAAGAACGUGGAACUUCAAUGGUCAUGCUUAAGAAUGUUUCAGAAGCCAAGUUCAAGCAUAUCCUUCAACCUAUAGCUGAUGUCUGUAUUGCUAAAGAGCAAAUGGAACUUGUAGAUUUUGAAUCUUUCUUUACACACACUAUCUGCCAUGAAUGCUGCCAUGGUAUUGGUCCUCAUACUAUAACACUUCCAAACGGUCAAAAGUCUACAGUGAGAGAGAAGUUGCAGGAACUUCACUCAGCUUUGGAAGAAGCAAAAGCUGAUAUAGUUGGCCUUUGGGCACUCAAGUUUUUAAUCAACAAGGAUUUGCUUCCAAAGAGUUUGGUGAAGUCUAUGUAUGUUUCUUUUCUUGCGGGGUGCUUUCGCUCUGUUCGAUUUGGUUUAGAGGAAGCUCAUGGAAAAGGACAAGCAAUGCAGUUCAACUGGUUAUUUGAGAAAGAAGCCUUAAUAUUACACCCUGAUGAGACAUUCUCUGUUGAUUUUGCUAAGGUUGAAGGGGCAGUUGAAAGCCUUAGUAGGGAAGUUCUAACUAUACAGGCAAAAGGUGACAAAGAAGCUGCAAGUUUGCUACUUCAGAAAUACUGUAAAAUAACAGAGCCAUUAAAACUUGCAUUGCACAAAUUAGAGAGCAUUCAGGUGCCUGUGGAUAUUGCUCCCACAUUUUCCUUCGCCGAUGAAAUUUUGGAGUAAAGGCAGUGUGUCGGCAUCAGGCUUACAUGUGCCGUUUGUCUUGCAAACUCAGAUCAAGUGAAUGAGAGUAAUUGAAUUUAAAGAAAUGUCAAUAUUGGGAUAAUGCUAUAUGGUAGCAGCAUGUUCAAUGCUUCUGGAAAUAAAUCCAGCAUGGUUGGUUUC